CGCUGAUACCUUCAACUUCCUCCCAGUUUAUUUUUAAUUGUAAAUUUGAAGGAAGUGGGCAGAGACAUCAUUCAAGAUGAGAGUUGAAACCUGCCACUUCUGCAGUCGCCCUGUAUACCCUAGCAAGGGUAUCAGUUUUGUGCGGCUCGAUUCGAAAAUGUUCCGGUUCUGCAGAAGCAAAUGUCACAAGAACUUUAAGAUGAAGCGCCAACCCCGGAAGCUGAAGUGGACCAAGACCAGCAGAGCUGCAAAUGGAAAGGAAAUGAUUGUCGACUCGUCUCUCGUUCUGUCUCAGUUCGCCAAGAAGAGGAACGCCCCCGUCAAGUACGACCGCAACCUCGUGGCCGCUACCGUUAAGGCUAUGGAGAGAGUGGAGGAGAUCCGUCAACGCAGAGAGCGCGCUUUUACCAAGCGCAGAUUGGCAGGCAAGGUCGCUCGGGACCGCAAGCGCGAGGCAGACCGGAGGGUUGUGGCCGAGGGCGAACACCUUAUCCGCAAGGAACUGCGCGACAGAGAAGAGGGCAUGCCCUUGGUGCAGGAGGGCAAGCGGAACAAGAUCCACGGCGAGGAGAGGCUCAGACAGAAGAAGAAGACCAGAGUUCUUGUGGAUGGCACAACUCAGGAGGAAAUGGACGUCGAUUAAAGGUUAUGCGCUUCCUUUGUUUCUUUCAGAUACGAUGCCCUGGGUUUUACAAUGGAGUUAGGUUGUUGUGAUAUCUGAUUUGUUUGCUACUAAAAAGAACUGAUUCAUACCUAGCUAGUGAAUAUUUUUCUACAUGGUUUACGGCUUAUGCCGGUUUACAUGCCUUGUAUAGACUUUCCUGUUCCUGUCUAU